GGAAAGGGACACUACGCUAGGGAUUGCCCGAACAAGCGUGUGAUGGUCCUAAGGCCGAUGACGAUCCCUCAGUGCCCUCUUUUGAUCCUGAAACCGUGCAAAGAGAAAACAUCUUCCACACAAGAUGUACUGUGGAACAAAAAGGUAUGUAGCCUAAUCAUUGAUGGUGGUUCUUGUACUAAUGUUGCUAGCAAGUAUCUUGUUGAAAAGCUAGGUUUGGUCAAGACGCCCCAUCCUAGGCCAUAUAGGCUCAAGUGGCUUAAUGAUGAGACCGAGCUUAAAAUAGCCGAACAAGUUGUUGUGCCUUUUAGUAUUGGUAAGUACCACGACCAGGUGAAGUGUGAUGUAGUCCCCAUGCAAGCCGGACAUAUUCUCUUAGGGAGGCCGUGGCAGUUUGACAAAGAGACCAUCCAUCAUGGCCGGACCAACAUCUACAGCUUCAACCACAACAACAAGAAGCAUAGCCUAGCACCACUCAGUCCACAAGAUGUGCAUGAAAUGCAAAAGGCAAUGGACCAGUCCAGCAAGAUUGACCUUAGGAGUGGAUACCACCAAGUUCGAAUGAAGGAAGGUGAUGAGUGGAAAACCGCCUUCAAAACGAACAAGGGACUGAAGGUCGAUGAGGAGAAGAUCAAGGCGAUACAAGAUUGGCCCACCCCGACCACGAUUGGACAUGUCCGCAGUUUCCAUGUCCUUACUCUGCCUAACUUCGAUAAAACUUUUGAGAUUGAGUGUGAUGCUUCAGAUCAUGAGACCCUUAAACACUUGAGAGGCCAAACCACACUCAAGAAGAGGCAUGCUAGGUGGUUAGAAUUCGUGGAGACAUUUCCCUAUGUCAUCAAGUAUAAGAAGGGAAAGGACAACGUAGUGGCCGACGCCCUCUCCAGGCGCCACACUCUCAUUACUACCAUGGAGGCUAAGAUUUUGGGUUUUGAACAUAUUAAACUUGCUUAUGCUACUGACCCUGAUUUUUCAGAACUUUAUGCUAGUACCACCCGAGGAGUAGUAGGUCCAUUCUACCAGCAUGAUGGGUUCCUAUUCAAGGAAAAGAGGCUUUGCAUUCCUCAAGGAACCAUGCGAGAUUUACUAACCCGGGAAGCACAUAGUGGCGGCAUGAUGGGUCACUUUGGCAGGACCAAGACCUUAGAUGUUCUCACUGAACACUUCUACUGGCCGAGAAUGAGACGCUAUGUCGAGAACCUUUGCACCAAAUGCACUGUCUGCAUAAAGACUAACCAAACCGCCAACUUGUUCUUCAAGGAAGUGGUACGAUUACAUGGAGUGCCCAGAACCAUUGUGUCCGACCGUGAUACCAAGUUCCUUAGCCAUUUCUGGCGGACACUGUGGAAGAAACUUGGUACUAAACUUCUUUUCUCCACCACCUGCCACCCACAAACAGAUGGUCAAACCGAGGUAGUAAACCGUACUCUCUCUCAACUGUUGAGAGCUACGGUGGGUAAGAAUUUGAGGAAUUGGUUAAGUUGCUUGCCUUUUAUUGAAUUUGCUUAUAACCAUGCCAAGCAUUCUAUUACUAACCAAUCCCCUUUUGAGGUUGUCUAUGGCUUUAACCCAGAGAUUCCGUUGGACUUCAAGCCAUUGCCACCGGACAUGCAAGUUAGUCAAAGUGGUGUGGACAGGGCUGAAUUCGUCAAGAGCAUGCACCAGCAGGUUCAGAAGACACUUGAGACCAAGGCUGAGAGGAACCGGGUCAAGCUCAACAAAAAUCGCAAGGAGGUCCUAUUCAAGCCGGGUGACUGGGUAUGGCUCCACAUGCGACCAGAACGGUUCCCUGCAGAAAGGAAGUCCAAGCUGGCGCCUAGGGGAGAUGGCCCUUUCCGAGUGUUGGAGAAGAUCAACGACAAUGCUUACAAGCUAGAGCUUCCAGGUGAGUUCAAGGUUUCCCCAACGUUCAAUGUUGCUGAUUUAGCCCCUUAUCUUGCAGAUGAAGAAGAAGUUCUGAGGACAGAACCUACUCAAGGGGGAGGGGAUGUUGUGGUCACUCAAGCUGAGGUUCCCCUAGUGCAUAAGGGUCCGACUACAAGAUCAGGUUCAGCAAGGUUAAGGAAUGGUUUCACCAAGGCGGUUCAAGAACUGAUUGAUCAAGGUCUCAAACAGCUAUUGAUUCAAGAGAUGUCUGGUUUGAAGAUUGAAGACCCAACCGGCUCCAUAGAAGUUCAAGAUCAGCCCGGUCCAAUUCAGUUCUCUUCCAUCGUCCAUAACCGAACCGGCCUCAUCAUCUCCACAUUCAAUCUCGGUUCAGAAUCAACUCUCAAUCCAUCCAACCAGCCUAUUUCCGGUUAA